AGGUGAAUGCAUUGCGCAGCCUUUAACAUGUAGAAGUGGUUUGUCUCUUGGAAUGCGUAUUAAGCUUGACAAUGUUGCAUCUGACUCGAAGCAAAACUUCAUCUUUGAUUCUGGUGGACAAAAUGGGAAAGGCAUAUCAGUAUUUUUGCAAAAUGAUAAGUUUUUUGUCGUAGUAGGUUCAAAAGGAUUGUGGCAGGUUUCCACAGUACUUGAAAAGAAUAAAUGGCAUUUUGUUUUGGCAACCUGGAAUGCCACAAAGGGAUUAUUUUUAUUUAUUGAUGGGCCACUUGUUACUUCAUCUAACGACAUUCAACCACUGCAAGCAACAACCCGGGAGAAUAGUAAUCACAUCACAAUCGGCAAAGCUAACAGUGGAGCUCUCGAUACGUUUGGGAAAUUUAACAUGGAAAUGAUUGCAGUCUUCAACGCAUUUGUCCCUGAUGGAAGGGUUUAUAUGUCUUAUUCCUAUUCACCGCCUGGUCAACAAAAUGGUAAUAUUCGUUAUUUCAAUGCUCGCUUCAUAAACAAAGGAAAAACGGAUGUUCGAAUAUUCCCUGAUCGUGGUGUUAAAAGACAAAUUGGUUAUGGUGUGGCUAAAAAAUCCUCGACCUUGUUAGAGUUUGUGCUGAGAGAAGGUCCCUUGCCAUAUGGCAUGGAUUUCUUGGUACGCAACAAUGAUUCAAAUGUUAUUUUGAAAUUGAAUGACAAAGAGUGGAUCCAUGUUGAUGCAGCUGAUGAUAUUCAAGUUGUUGCUGAAAUUACAAUCACAGAUGGUAUUGUUUGGUUUUGUUUCUUCUAUUUCUUAUUUGGUUGAAUAUGUACUUCUUGUAUUUAGGGUUUGUCCCUAUCCAUAUUGUUGUUUAUAUCUGAUUAAAUACCGAUGCUUGUGUUUACAUACUUACUUACUUACUAAUAUAUUUUUAUUCCAAGAGAUUUUCGUUCAAGGGUUUAAUGUGA